AUGCCUCAGCCCCUGGCACGUCUCUUGGCUGUCCUGUCGAACAGGCUAUUCGACAUCUACGUGGGCUUCGGGGAAGCGCGGAAGGUGUGGACGGAGCUGAAUGACAAGUAUGCUGAAAGAGACAAUGGCAACGAGUCCUUCAUGGUGGUAAGUUACCUGAACUUUCGUAUGGGAGAUGGCAGAUCAGUCAUGGAACAAAUCUAUGAGUUACAGCUGAUCGUGCAGGACUUAGGCCAGUACGGCUGUGUCCUCCCUGAGAACUUUCAGGUUAAUGCCAUCCUGGCCAAGCUACCUACUUCUUGGCGUGACUUUGUCACUGCACAUCGGCACUUAAAGCAGAGAUUGACUCUUAAUGAGCUCAUUGCUGCUAUAAAUGUCGAGGAGAAGUCUAAAGCAGGCUAUGGUGGGGGGAAGACGCCCGCUCAAGCUAAUCUUGUCGAGCACAAGAACCAGUCUAGGAGAAACAUGAAGAAAGAGAAGACCAAGCUUGGGUUUUCGGGACCAAAGGCUAAUGCAAUGAAGAAGAAGAAGAAGCCCAAGAUUGUCUGCUACGUCUGCGGCAGGUUGCAACACAAAGCCAAUAGAUGCCGCGAUCAUAAGGGCAAGGGGCCGACACCUGACCAACAGAAGGCAACCAAAGCCCAAGUGUAUGUGGCUGUUGCAACGGUCGAUAAUACCGGCAAAGGUGACACCACUAGUGGGGCGCAGACAAUGGAUCCGUACUGA